AUGGGUAAGAGUGGAAAACAUAAUUCGAAGAAAUUUGUAAAGCAAACACAUAAAAAUGAUAUCUCUAGUCUAGAUGAGACUCUAGAUACUGAGCCAUUCUAUGCAUCACCAUUGUAUACAUUUUUGUCCCCCUUCAAAUCCACCACAAAUCAAUGGUUGAGCGUAUACAUUAUUGUUUUAUUUGCUCUGAUUAUUAGAUGUGCCAUUGGGUUAGGACCGUAUUCCGGUAUGAACGAAGCUCCAAUGUUUGGCGAUUUUGAAGCUCAAAGACAUUGGAUGGAGAUUACUCAGCAUUUGCCAAUUUCACAAUGGUAUUUUUACGAUCUACAAUAUUGGGGUCUAGAUUAUCCACCAUUAACUGCUUAUCAUUCAUAUAUCUGUGGUUUAAUUGGAAAAUUCUUUAACCCUGCUUGGUUUGAGUUAGAGACAUCUAGAGGAAUGGAAAUGAAAGAACUGAAAACGUUCAUGAGAUUGACUGCAAUUGUCAGUGAAGUCAUUUUUUACAUUCCUGCUAUCAUAUAUUUCACCACAUGGGUAGGGAAACAGAGAAAACAAUCACCAAUGGGUCAAUAUAUCGCAGCAGCAGCUAUACUUUUCCAACCAUGUUUGAUGUUAAUCGAUCACGGUCACUUCCAAUACAAUUCCGUUAUGCUAGGUUUGACUGUAUAUGCCAUCAACAAUCUAUUAGAUGAUAUGUACGCCCCUGCCGCUAUUUCUUUUGUUAUGUCCAUUUGCUUCAAACAAAUGUCACUAUAUUACGCACCAAUCUUUUUUGCAUAUUUAUUAGGAAGAUCAUUGUUUAAAAAGCAAUUCUUCAAUGUCUCAAGAUUUUUGAACAUUGCUAUUGCUACAAUGGUAUCUUUCUUCACAGUUUUUGCUCCUCUAUAUGUUUUCGGCGGUGGUAAACGUAAUAUCAUCCAAUCAGUUCACAGAAUAUUUCCAUUUGCUAGAGGUAUCUUUGAAGAUAAAGUAGCUAACUUCUGGUGUGUCACCAAUGUUAUAAUGAAGUACAAAGUAAACUAUACCCAAGAUGAACUACAGUUAUACUCGUUGAUCUUAACUGUAGUUGGAUUUUUGCCUGCAAUGGUUACUAUAUUGUGGUUUCCUAAGAAACAUUUAUUACCAUAUAGUUUGGCUGCAUGUGCUAUGUCAUUUUUCUUAUUCAGUUUCCAGGUUCACGAAAAAACUAUUUUAGUACCAUUAUUACCAAUAACGUUAUUAUACACAUCCACAGAUUGGAAUGUUCUUUCUUUGGUUAGUUGGAUUAACAAUGUGGCAUUGUUUACAUUAUGGCCAUUAUUAAAAAAAGAUGGUGUCGUGUUACAAUAUGGUGUGUGUUUCAUCUUAAGCAAUUGGUUAAUAGGUAAUUUCAGUUUCUUCACACCAAGAUUCCUACCAAAGAUAUUGACACCAGGUCCACCAAUUCAAAAUGUAAACACACACUACCGUCGUAGAAGUCUGUUACCUAACAAUAUCAUAUGGAAAAUAAUAAUUGUGUUAUCGUAUAUUGUAAUGGUCGCUAUCCAAGGUCUAGAACUAUUCGUCGAGCCACCUCCACAAUAUCCUGACAUAUUUGUUCUAUUAAAUUGUACGCUUGGGUUUUGCUGCUUUACUUCAUUUUGGCUAUGGAAUUACUACAAACUAUUCACAUUAACAAGCAAAAACUUACAAUACCUAUGA